ACGUGACCCAGAUGCAGCAGGAUCAGGAAGUGGACAGACGCGGAUCCUGAUGACACAUGAAAGGUGACAUGUUACAUGAACUCGAACUUUACGUGUUAAUGUCGCCACGAACGAUCCUCCACGUCAUCAGAAAGCGUAGCAGUGGCGUCCUGAGCAGAGGGUGACGUCCCACUCAUCUCUGUUUAUUUAUUUUCUUAGUUAAUGUGGAUGAACUUGAUGGGAGUCGAACUGCGUACAGCUCAUAAAGUGACACGGCUCCCGGUGUCCGCGGGGUUUCAGUGCGAACCUCACAUGUACGCACACUGUCCGUUCUGAGCUCUGACACUCGGUGUCUUCUACCACUUCUACCUCAACCGCCAUCAACCGACACAGAGCAGAUAUGACGAGGAGCCUUGGUGGGUUGUUGUUCAGAGGCGUCCACAGCCUCACCUCUAUCCCGGCCGUGAGGACUCAGCUCGGCCACCUGGCUUCCGGCAGCGCGGUCAGGACCGUGAUGACGCUGCCGUCGUUUCUUUCGCCCAAGCCCCGGGACUUCAGCCUGCCCAACUCCUCUUGGGGCUCAGAAAUGUUGCGGUUGCACGAUCAUUACAACAGCCAGUGUGAGGGGGAGAUGGAGGAAGGAGAGGAAGGCCGAGGGCUUUGGCUGAGACUGCCAAGCUACAAUCGCUCCCUCAAGUAUGCUACAGGUGGAGUUUACCUCAGUAAGAUGGUCCAGGCAAAUGCUCGUCUUUUCACCCGUAACAGCCGAGAGCAGGGGGCAGGAUUUGAAUACGUUGUGUUUGUUAACAAAAAGGAGAACAAGUGCGUGUGCAUUUUCCAGGCUGGACACCUUCUGGAGGGGCCACCAGGUUGUGUCCACGGGGGGGCGAUAGCCACUAUGAUUGAUACCGUGACAGGGACUCAUGCCAAUGUAGUGUCCAGACCUGUCAUGACCGCCAACCUCAACAUCAACUACCGCAGUCCCAUACCACUUGGAAACACAGUGUUGAUUGAAUCCUCUCUGGAUUCCAGGGAAGGCAGGAAAAUGUUUAUUUCAUGUAAAGUCACCAGCACUGAUGGCUCAAAACUGCACACAGAAGCAACAGCACUGUUCCUGUCAGUCAAUUUCAGUCAUCUAUUGAAGGGAGGAUGACACAAAGAAAAACACCUUCCCAAACCUCAACAGCAGUGUGAGAGAGAGAUGUGUGAGUGUAUUACUGAUUUGCACUGUUAUUGCCUUUGCCAGAUGAUUUAAUAUAUAACUUAUUUUUGAAGUUUUACUAAUCAUUUUUAUUGUUUUUUUUAUUGUUAUUACACACUAGUAUGUACCUCUACUUGACCUCCACUGCUUAGUGUUGUUAUCAUAUCAUAUACCUCAUAUAUAUCAUACAUAUUUGAAAUGUGUUGAUUCAACUAAAUGUUAUGUAUUAUUGCAUCUUGAGGUGCUGAAAGUGACAAUAGAUUAAAAAAUGUACUGUACCCAAAGCUUUUGUUUAUUCUAAUAAAUCUUUACCUUAGGGUUUUAUAUAAAUCAGGUUUUUAUUUGUCUGUCAAAAAGGGAAAUUGCAGGUAAUACAAAUUGAAUUGUAUCCUCCUGAGAUUUAGUUUUAAAAAAACUGUGAUUGCUCCUUUAUCAUAUGGAAAUCUUUACAUGAGUAUGAUAAAAACUUACAAAGAAACGUUGGAUAACACUCAUUUUCCAGUUUGAAUUGAAUAAAAAAAGAUUCAGUCAAUAACUCUGAAUGGUGUAGAGCAAAGUGGUCACCAAACAGUGAAAAAGUCAGGCCAAUUUCAUGCACUAGACAAUCCGUGACCUUGUAGCAAAUUAUAGUGGAAACAAUUAUGGGAGAAACUUUUUAAGUGCCGUUUCAUUUCUAUUUUUACAAGUAUGUUAUAAGUUUUUUUUUUUUUUUGCUUCAACUUCACACUGAGAUUUUAGUUAUCUGUUACAUAAGUACAUUACAUGUUCAUGAAAUGGCAUUUUUUUUAAAUCAUAUAACAUAAAACUAUGUACUACAUCAAGUUGUUCAUCAGAUGGUUUGCUUCACACAGUCUGACACAGAAAUGACUGAAGUGUUCCAUAAUAAGUAACACUGUCCACAUCACAGAGAUCUGUGCUGCGCUGGCAGCUACUGUAGACCACAGUGUUAAAAAGUGCGCCUGUCAAAGACACCUGGAAACAUAGAGCUCCAACUUCUUUUUACCACUCCAACUUUCUUUUACACACCACUAUGACACAUCUGAAUUUGACUGUAAUAUUGAUUCUCUACCAACAUUUUUCUGUUGUUUGUGUAAAAAAUUCUGUUUGCAUUGUGCUUGACAUGACAGAAGGAAUAAAUAAACAUCACAGAUUUAUGCAACUGGCUACACAGCCAUUCAAACAACAAUAAACUGGUAUAAUAGAAAA